CAAGCGAUACAUGGCCCAAAGGCCUGGAAGUUGUGGGCCGUACCCAAGUCUGCUGAGAAGAAAAUACGUGUACGUUUAACAAAAUUGAAAUGACCUUUGGAGUCCGCCACUCUGGAACCGUCUUCACAGCGCCUGUAUACAUUCAACCACAAAAUCUCAGCGGUUAUUUGUGGCCGCACGCUGCUGGCAGGAGAGAAGAAGCUAGCGAGGCAAAGGGAGGAAGCCAACGAGAUCGAGACGUCUUCUAAGAAUUAGGGAUUAAUUCGAACGGAUCAGGAUGUCCCAUACGAGGCGUUCAAGGUAUUCAUCUCGCUCUCGAUCACCAUAUCAUCGCAGUAGAUACAGCAGAUCUCUUUCACGUUCACCAUCAAGGUCAAGGAGCCGGUCAAGGAGCUGUUACUAUUCGGAUGCGGUGAAUCCGGGUAACAACUUGUACGUGACUGGAUUAUCUGCUCAUGUAUCUAAGGCCGAGCUUGAGGAUCAUUUUGCCAAGGAAGGAAAGGUGGUUGAUAUUCAUCUUGUGGUUGACCCAUACACAAGGGAAUCUCGUGGUUUUGGUUUUGUGACGAUGGCUAGAAUUGAGGACGCGGAAAGAUGCAUCAAAUAUCUCGAUGGAUCCAUACUGGAUGGCCGGGUCAUUACUGUGGAGAAGGUAGGGUAUUUGAUUUUUUGUUUUUUAAUUACGCAGCGGUUAGUUCUCACUCUUAUCUUCCGGUAGAAUUUUGUUUUUGUAUUUUUUGAGCUUUUUUCCUACUAAGAAUAAAGACUAUGUCAUGUUCUUCGC